AUGGAGCCUUUCUCACCGGCUGCCCCACAGUUGUCAGCCGCUACGACUGGGGGCUCGCCUUCGGUGUCCAGCGACAGCCCGGGGACGGCGACCACGUCUGCGACCCCUCAUCUCUCAUCGGCGACCGCUGAAGCUCAACCUUCUCAGCCGCCGGCUCAGCAGGCCGUCCCCGCCGCAUGUCUCGCUUGUCGCGCUAAGCACCUGAGGUGCGACGGGACCAACCCCUGCAGCCGUUGCGUUAGCAAUCGCACCGAGUGUGUUUAUGUGCCCUCUCGUCGUGGCUACAAGGGCCCACGUAGGGGAACUGCUCAGAAUCCGAACAAACGACAUGCUUCGGACUCCCCUCCGUACGUGGGACCGGCGGAGAGCUGUCCCAUGCUGCUGGGACACAACCCCGUCUCCGUGACUACCUCUGUUCCAGGCUUCAACCCUAGCAUUGUCUUGCCAGAUCAGUCUCCUCUCUCUUAUACCUCUCCGUCUCCCUUGACUGCCAACAUCCAUUCCCUCUACAGGAAUCCAUUCGCCCCCGCCGGUAUGGAUGCCAAUACCCUGGCCUUGACAACGGCGCCGGUCUCGGUGGUUCCAUCCAACACCACUGCUCAACCGCCAGUGCCCUCGCUGGCAGAUCGGUGCUUCGAUGCCUUCUACCACUACUUCCAUGCCAGUCAUCCGUUUGUGCUCCCCCGGGAGCACUUCCUUCGGCUGCUCAAAGAGGGCAUCUCUCCGAACAUGAACAUCGUUAUGGCCGCCAUGCGAUAUAUCGGCGCCUUGUUUGUGGAUGCUGGCCCGGCUAAGGCGAAUUACCUGGACGAGGCUCUGCGCUUGUGCUAUCAACCGAGUACCCAGAAAGAUGGGUUCUUGAUCCAGGCUCUUUUGCUACUCAUUAUCGGUCUGGAUGGGGAAACCAACCGGGAUAAGUCGCGGGAACUGCUUGCUGAUUGCGAACGCUUCGCCAUCGAGAUCGACCUUAACAAACGCCAGUUCGCAAGUCUACAUGGACGUGGCAAUCCUGUGCUUGAAGAGAGCUGGAGAAGGACCUGGUGGGAUCUGUUUGUAGUCGAUGGCAUGAUUGCCGGUGUCCAUCGAGCUACCAACUUCUUGCUCUACACAGUUGAUACCGAUGUGGCUCUGCCGUGCGAAGAGCACGAAUAUUUUUCAGGGCAAAUUCCUCGCCAUCCUUUGACCCUAGAGGAUUUCGAGGAUCAGACCUUCUCUGGAGAGGACCGCGAGUUUUCUUCGUUCGCAUAUCGCAUCGCAGCCGCCCGGAAUCUCGGCUACAUGAUGCACAAUAUGCCGCAAACUCCGUUCCCGGAUGAUAACAGAAUCCUCCACAUCGAGAGUCUCCUCACAAACUGGAGGCUACAUUUGCCGGAAUCCAAGCGGGAUGAUCUCGGCAAGAACUGUCAGCUGGACGAAAUGAUGUUCCAAGCCCACUUCAUCACUCAUGCGUGCACAAUUCUGCUUCAUCAACCCCUUUCUCAACUUGACACCUCCCCGGCAAAGGCUGUGAACUCAUGCGCCCCUCAUAGGCCCGUCCCAUCAGGCGAAUCGUUCAACUCCCACACGAGGCACACUAUCACGGCUGCAUGCGAGAUCUCUAAGAUGAUCACCCAGGCAGUUCCUAUCAUUCAUCACACGCACUUUUUCACGUGUGUUAUCACCCUUAGCUCGAUCGUGCAUCUCUCGCGCUGGGCCCAGUACAUGGUUGAGCCGACGGGUGGCGACGACGACCUGCGCCAGCAGAUUCGGCUCAACAUCGGCGGGCUAAACAAGCUCCGCAAAGUGUGGAAGGCGGCCGAGUGUGCCUGGGGCCAGGUCAAGGGCGUCGCCCAGGAGAUUUACCGUCAGAAGAAGGCACAUCAGAUCUCACCGGCGUUUUGGGUAGGAUUUACGGAGGAGCAGAUGAUACGUAGUAUCAAUGCGGAUGAGGGCAUCAUGUCGGAAUUUACUAAUGUCAUGAAUGGGCAGGUCACUCAGGGUUAG